AUGACCGAAAUUUUUGAUAUGAGUCCAGAGCUCGGGAGAUAUCUACAGGAGGCUGAUGUGCGAAAAUGGAGUCGUUCUCUCUUCCCUGGUUCCAGGUAUGACAUUAGGACCACAAACCCCGCAGAGUCGAUAAAUUCUCUUUUGAGAAUACCUAGAGAAUAUCCGGUUAUUCCGUUGCUGGAUAGUAUAAGGGAAUUUAUGACUCGAUGGUUCUACGAGCUUCACCUGUUAAGCUCGAAGCAUCUUGAUCCUUUAACCGUCAAGGUCGAGAAAAAGAUUGAUAGGAGAAUUGUCAAGGCAAAAGGAUUUCAGGUUUACAAGAUUGACAACUUCAGAUCGCUUGUCAAAGGAGACAUAUAUGAAUGUCAUGUUGAUUUGGAGAAUAGAACAUGCACAUGUGGGAAGUACGAUAUAGGAAAAAUACCUUGCCGACACGCCAUUCCUGCCAUUUAUUCACGAGGUAGAGAAGUACACAGUUUCACUGACAUUUUAUACACAACUGCAACUUGGAGAACAGCCUAUUCGGAGUCCAUUAAUCCAAUAGCAGUCCCACAGUCUGAGUGGAAUGUCCCAGCUGAGGUUGACCUUGCAAAAGUUUUACCACCAGAGUCAAGAAAGAAUGCUGGUCCACCAGUAAAGAGAAGCAUUGCCUCACAAGCUCUCAUUGAUCUCUGA